AUGUCCUCCUCCUCCUCCGUGCCCCUCGUCGCCUCCCUGGCUGACAUUUACCCCCCCGACGCCCUCGCCCAGCAAGCAGCGCGAUGGGACCGCCUGCGCGCCCGUUUCCAGUCCGCCUACGCUGGCGCGUCGCCCACCUUUGUCGCUCGCUCCCCGGGCCGCGUCAACAUCAUUGGCGAGCACAUUGACUACUCCCUAUACGCUGUGCUGCCCAUGGCCAUUACCGCCGACGCCCUCCUCGCCGUGUCUGCGCGGCCGAGCAGCAGCGCCGCCAGCGAGACGACGUACACGAUCCGCAUCGGCAACGUCGACGAGCAGACAUUUCCAUCGCGCACGUUUGUCCUCGAAAAGGACGCCGACAUUGCGAUUGACGCCUCGGCCUCGGAGUGGACAAACUAUUUCAUGAGCGGCCUCAAGGGGGCCCUGGGCCUGCUCAGGCAAAAGGCCAGGGCGGCGGGGAAAGAGGAGCACUUCUGUCCCCGUGACUUGGAUGUUAUCAUGGAUGGCACUGUGCCUGUCGGCGGCGGUCUCAGCUCGAGUGCUGCCUUUGUGAGCGCCAGUGCCCUGGCUGUCUUAACGGCCAACAGCGAUGCUCCUGUCGACAAGAAGGAACUGACUGAGCUUGCCAUUGUCAGCGAGAGAUCGGUUGGGGUCUACUCUGGUGGGAUGGAUCAGGCCGCUUCCGUACUCUCGGAGCUUGGAUCUGCCCUCUUCGUCUCCUUUAGCCCGCAUCUUGAUGCCAAGCCCAUCAAGUUUCCUCGCACCGACCCAGAACUCGGCUUCGUCAUUGCCCAAUCCUUUGUUACCUCGACCAAGCAUGACACCGCCCCGACCCGCUACAACCUGCGCGUCGUCGAGUGCAGCCUGGCCGCUGCCUAUCUCAACGCCACCCUGAAUCCACCAGGCACCACCCUUCCCCUCGAUGCUGGGCCCCUGCGUACUAGUCUCAAAGGAUUUCACGACGUCUACGCCUCCAAUAACCUGACCGGGCUCGGCCCGGAGCAGCAGCUCCAGCGCCUCAUCCGCCUCACGGAAAAGACGCUCACGCAGGAGGAGGGUUACACUCGCGAGGAACUUGCUCAGGUUCUUAAAGAAUCCGUUGCGGCGGACCUGGCCAACCUGGCAGCCGAGGAGGGCUCCUCUAUAGCCACCAGUAGCGAUGAUGCCGAUCCCGUGGCCAACCUGGAGAAGAGAUUCCUGUCCAAGUUUACAGUCCACGCCGAUCGCUUCAAGAUCCGCCAAAGAGCUCUUCACGUUUUUAGUGAGGCGCUCCGUGUAGUGCAGUUUCUCAAGCUACUCGAGAAUGCCACCCCAGCUAGCGCCGACGUGAACCAGAAGCUUGGCAACCUUAUGAAUGCUACGCAAGACUCGUGCCGCGAGCUGUACGAGUGCAGUUGCCCUGAAAUCGACGACAUUUGCCGCAUUGCGCGCAGUGCGGGUGCCUACGGCAGCCGCUUGACGGGUGCCGGCUGGGGAGGGUGCACUGUGCACCUUGUCCCUAUUGACAAAAUGGAUGCUGUCAAGGCGGCGCUCGAAAAGGAAUACUAUGCGACGAGGCACCUGACCUCAGAGCAAAAAGCCCAGGCGGUCGUGGUCAGUCGACCGGCCCGAGGUAGCGCUACCCUGGUGGGACACGCGGGGUCCUUUUCCUUGUAG